GCAGCAUCCAUGGAUGCCCGUCAUGGCACGUCUACGUUGAUGGCAUCACUGGCCGACCAGUGAGUACACAGGACAACAAGGACUGCCAUCUACGCCGCCUUGCUGCAAGUGCCCGUGGCAUUCGGCUAAAGAAUCCGUUCGAUAGUACAGAAAAGAAGCACUUGUACGACAUCUACUACGCCGCAGCAGAAGCAGAUACCGCUUCGAUUCCGUCCAUCCCCUGUGGGCUAGACAUCGCAACUCACGAGGAUAUUGAUUGACCACCCGUCAGCGAUGCGAUCCCUUACCGCCUCUUUCCACUCACAUUACUGCGGAAAUUAACAUUGCAACAGUCUACAAGCGCCGUCGGCCCAAAGUGAUACCGAGCUGACAUGAACUCAAGCUCGCGGGCCUCGGCCAUCGGAUGCUGAAAAAUCGCACCAUCGAUGGGACUGACAGAUACACCUUGUCCGAGCUGACGUUCCCUGAGCACUCGGCUUGGCCGCCCGCCUUAUUGCCGAUCACCUUCCAUGGCGGAGGUAGUAGAGCCGUAUUAGGCAGGUUUGUCCUCCGUCUUCUCCGGACGCCGGAGAUAGAUUUCGAUACAGUUCACACCGGCGGUCGCAAGACGCUGCUAGGUCCUAAUUGUGAUAGAACCGUGCAAGGCCUAGCAAGGAAGGUCUUAACGCCGAUAAGCCUUCUUCACCACGGAUCCAAUGUGGAUAUGACGGGAUAUGCGGCGCCCGGGGACGCAUUCACACGUUCUUAGUCGGCCUUGACUUUGAGCCGACUUGGAUCAAGCUCGUUGAUCUGAUGACGCUGACAUGUUUCCAAUGAAACGGCCCAAGGGCCAUGCUCAGUAUGAGGCCGAAGAUAUAAAGUCGGCCUGAUCAUCACCUCCGUGAACAAAUCGUGAGCGGCCAGCCAUCAACCCUCCUCAUUCAGUCCUGCCUGCAGACCUUUUCAAAUAAAACCCACAGUCGAAGAAGUCACAAACAUCUUUAAACCUUGAUAAAAGACCACUGGUUCAACAUGUCUCCCGAAUAUGCCAAAGACCAGCCCGCCGGUUUUGUCAACCACAUCGAGAAAGUUGCGAUCGUCGGCGCUUCUGGUCGUAUAGGCCGAUUUUUCACCCAAGAGCUUCUCAAGACUGGCAAGCACAUAGUCACAGCCCUCACUCGGCAGGGCAGCGCGAACAAGCUCCCGGAGGGCGUCCAACCAGUAGCCAUCAACUACGACGAGGAGUCCACAAUUGUUGACGCCCUCAAGGGUCAGCAAAUCCUCAUAAUCACCCUGGCCGUCACCGUCCCCGAGGGCACGGGAUCAAGGCUCAUCCGGGCCGCUGCAAAGGCGGGUGUCCCCUACGUGAUGCCCAAUGCCUAUGGGCCGGACCCGGUCAACGACAAGAUGAUGACAGAGAUCGUGGUCGGCCUCCCCUUCCAGAACACCAGGCGCGAGAUCGAGCAGCUCGGAGUGAGCAAGUGGAUCGCGUUUGGGUGCGGGUUCUGGUAUGAGUGGUCGAUCUUCGGCAGCGCGGACUGCUAUGGAUGCGACGUCAAAAAGCGCGAAAUGACCUUCUUUGACGACGGCGAGGAGAAGAUCACGACCUCCUCGUGGGGACAAUGUGGACGGGCCCUCGCGGCGUUGCUGAGUCUCAAGAUCUUCCCGGAGAACGAGGACGAUAAGACGCCGGCGGUUGAAAAUUGGGCAAACAAGGCACUGUAUAUCUCUAGCUUCAGGGUGAGCCAGAAGGAUAUGUUUGAGAGUGUCAAGAGGGCGACCGGGACGACGGAUGAGGACUGGAAGAUUGGGCAUAUCCCCUCCGAGCAGAGAUUUAGGGAGGGCCAGGAGGCGAUGCAGAAGGGUGACCGGGGGGGUUUCGUGAGGCAAAUGUAUUCGAGGAUCUUCUUCCCCACGGGUGAAGGGGACCACACCCGUCUUGGUCUUGCAAACGAGGCGCUUGGGUUGCCGGACGAAGACAUUGACGAGGUCACAAAGGGCGGUCUUGUGCUCCUGGAUCAGGGCGUUCUCUCUUAUUCAUAAUGGCCCUCUUGCUAGGCCUGUAGCUCGUCUAUGUUCUUUUUGAAAGUGGAAACGAUUCUGAAUACUUU